UGGCGGUUGCUCGGGCACUUGGCAAGCAGGACAGACAGAUGCUGAUGGUGGGAACGCAGCGGAGACAGCCACGCCAAGUCCGCAUGAAGUAGAAGGAAAGACAGAGGCCCCACAAAGCACACGUGCCGCCACUCGAUGCCCCUGAAGAUGGUCUGUGUGAUGAUGACGAGGACGUCUCUGCUCUGCUGACAACAGCUCAGGAACCAUGGGGUCAGGCGGUCUUGGGAAAGCUGCCACCUUAGAUGAAUUGCUGAGUGCUUGCAUUGAAAUGUUUGAUGAGCACGGAGAACUGAGCAACGGCUAUUUGCCAAGAAUAGUCCUCCUGAUGCACCGAUGGUAUUUGCCUUCCACCGAGCUGGCCGGGAAGCUUCUCUGCAUGUAUCGAAACGCCAGCGAAGAGAGAGGUGAUGAAUUCCGACUCAAGAUCUGCUAUUUCAUGAGGUACUGGAUUCUGAAGUUUCCAGCUGAGUUUAACUUGGACUUGGGUUUGAUCCGGAUGACCGAGGAAUUCCGGGAAGUUGCUAGUCAACUGGGCUAUGAGAAGCACAUUAGUCUCAUCGACAUCUCCAGCAUUCCUUCCUAUGACUGGAUGAGACGAGUCACACAGAGGAAGAAAGUCUCCAAGAAGGGGAAAGCGUGUCUGCUAUUCGACCAUCUGGAGCCCAUUGAGUUGGCUGAGCAUCUCACUUUUCUGGAGCAUAAAUCUUUCCGAAGGAUCUCAUUCACGGAUUACCAAAGCUACGUCAUCCAUGGCUGCCUGGACAACAAUCCGACCUUAGAGAGAUCCAUUGCUUUAUUUAAUGGAAUCUCCAAGUGGGUCCAGUUGAUGGUACUCAGUAAACCCACCCCCCAGCAAAGGGCAGAAGUCAUCACCAAAUUUAUCAAUGUUGCCAAGAAGCUCCUUCAGCUCAAGAAUUUCAACACUCUCAUGGCAGUGGUAGGGGGCCUGAGCCACAGCUCUAUCUCACGCCUCAAGGAGACCCAUUCCCAUCUUUCUUCAGAGGUGACAAAGAACUGGAAUGAAAUGACAGAGCUGGUCUCCUCCAACGGCAAUUACUGUAACUACCGCAAGGCCUUUGCCGACUGCGAUGGCUUCAAAAUCCCCAUCCUCGGAGUCCACUUGAAAGACCUGAUAGCAGUCCAUGUCAUUUUCCCAGACUGGACGGAGGAAAACAAAGUGAAUGUGGUGAAAAUGCACCAGCUCUCUGUCACCCUGAGUGAACUGGUCUCGCUGCAGAAUGCCCUCUCCCCACCCUCGAGCCCAGCAAUGGACCUCAUCAACCUACUUACGCUCUCCCUGGACCUCUACCACACAGAAGAUGAUAUUUAUAAGCUGUCACUGGUGCUGGAACCCAGAAACUCCAAAUCACCCACCUCUCCGACGACUCCCACCAAGACCGUGGUGCCCUUGGACUGGGUGUCAGGAGUGAUGCCAAAGCAGGACCCCACAGUCAUCAACAAACACAUUCGAAAGUUGGUGGAGUCCGUGUUUCGAAACUAUGAUCAUGACCACGACGGGUACAUAUCACAAGAGGACUUCGAGAGUAUAGCGGCCAAUUUCCCCUUUGGAUUCUUCUGCGUGUUGGACAAAGACCAGGACGGGCGCAUCAGCAAGGCCGAGAUGACCGCCUACUUCCUUCGUGCCAAGGCGCAGCUGUGCUGCAGGAUGGGGCCCGGCUUCAUCCACAACUUCCAGGAGAUGACCUAUCUCAGGCCCACCUUCUGCGAGCACUGUGCGGGAUUCCUCUGGGGAAUCAUCAAACAAGGAUAUAAAUGCAAAGAUUGUGGUGCCAACUGUCACAAGCAGUGCAAAGACCUUCUGGUGCUGGCCUGCAGACGGUUCGCCCGUGCCACGUCGGUGGGCAGCAGCCCAGGCUCCCAGCCUGGCAGCCCCUCCAUGCCUCCAGUGCAGGAUGAGGUGUUCGAGUUCCCGGGCGUGGCGGCCGGACCCCAAGACCUGGACCACAGGGCCAUCACGCUGGUGACAGGCUCUUCCAGGAAGAUCUCGGUGAGGCUGCAGCGGGCCACCACCAGCCAGGCCACCCAGACUGAGCCCGUGUGGUCGGAGGCCGGCUGGGACGACUCGGGCUCCCACACCUUCCCCAAGAUGAAGUCCAAGUUCCACGGCAAAGCCACCAAGGACAAAGGCUUCGCCAAGUGGGAGAACGAGAAGCCCCGGGUGCAGGCGGGCGUGGACGUGGUGGACAGGGGCACCGGCUUCGAGCCUGAGACGCCUGGGGAGGACGCGGGUGAUGCCAGGCAGGAGGUCGAGGAUGGCUGACCAUAGGCUGAGGAAAGCUGAAGACAAUAUAUCCCCUUGGUGUUUGCAAGGAGUAAGAUGCCACACUCCAAAGACACUGCAACCCUCAGGA